GCUGUGUGCCGCCACGCUUCCACAACCAAAUUCACUUGAUCCGCCACGCAUGUAAUUGUUACCUAACACCCCUAUUUUAUAUCGAUUUCAAGCAGAAAACUGACCCGUUUCUAUAGCGUCCGAUACUCAUUACCUAUGGCCCCUGGUUUUACAGGUGAACUAGGCCUAAUUGACGACUUGCGAUUUCGGUAAGGUGCCUCACCGUUAUGUUUUGAUACGGUCGACUGAUCUCUUGAUCACACCUAUCGAUGGUAAUAAUUAAUCAAUAGUAGAAGAUGUACUGUUCUGACCAUGGGAACAGAUGUGAUUGUAUGGUUUCAGUCGAUCGGGACAUCAGAGAAAUUUAUUAAUGUUACCAUCAUCGACAUCGGAAAAACCGACGGUCCGACAAGGUUUUUUUUCACAAGAAUUAAUAUUGAGCUGGGAUAAACAGACUGAUACUAUCAAUACCUAAUUAUAAGCCGAUGUUUGAUAAGCAUGGAUUCAUUUUUGAAAACUUCACGGCAAUGUCACUUUGCAACACCAAAUCUGAACGACAUGCGAUCGCCACACCGGCAGCCAACAGACUGAAAUCUUUCAUACAUCGCGCAAGCCACGGCUACAGAAAUGCGCACGGAUUGUGUAUGAAGAUGACGAAGCAGGAACGCGCUCUCUCAGAGGACUUUGAACUCUCUGAUGAUGGUGUCUACCAAGGGAGUUUCCUACAAGAAAGCUGCUUCUCUCUGGAAGGGACUGUGCAACAGCAGAAUUUCCAUGUCAUUUGGAGAGACAAAGUGUGUUUGGCUUCCAUUGUUCAUAAUGAAGACUAUUUUCAGGAGAAAAUUAUAGUGACUGUGUUGAAUUGAUCUCUUAAUUGAAAUUAUAUUGUGGCUUGUGCAUUGCUUUAAAUACUUUAAAUAUUCUGAUAUUAUGUCCAGUAAAAGUUACUAUUUAGUUUGAUUUGUAGAUGCUGUAUCAUAGAUAUAAUAGUUGCUAUUAAUAUGUUCACUGAUAAUAUGAUCAUGCAAUUUGUUAAAUUUAUAAUUGAAAUGUUUUAAUUUAUGAUACUUGACAUUGCAUUAUGAUCUUGAUGUGAAUGUUUAUCAUAUUUAUAACAGUAAAAGAUGCUAUUUGAAUUUGUUUUAUUCAAUGUUGUUAUAUUGAAGAACAGCAAGUUGGAGUUGAGGUUGAAAUGGUUCUGUGAAAAUAAAUUGAUGAUUAUCAA